AUGUCGCGUUUUGUACGCCCGUCCAAGUACAGGCAUGUUUUCGGCCAAUCCGCAAAGAAGGAAUGGUGCAUUGAGAAUGUCAAAGUCUCGAAUAGCGCCUGGGACACUAAUCUGAUCAGUGCCUCUGCGUCAUACGUUGCGCUCAACUGGAACUCCUCUGGAGGAGGCGCGUUUGCCAUUCUACCAGUCGCGUCCCCGUUCCGCCCAUUGCCCCACAAUCUCCCAUACAAACUCCCGGAUAUCAUCCCGCUUGCCCGUGGUCAUUCCGCCCCGGUACUCGACACCGACUGGUCGCCGUUCAACGACUCUGUUGUAGCUAGCGGUGGUGAAGACGGACGUGUGCUCAUCUGGAAGGUCGAAGAGUCUCAGUUCGAGAACUGGGGCGCCGAGAAAUGGCAGCCACGUGACUUUGAUCCUGUCGCGACAAUUACUGGCUCGGGCCGUAAAGUAGGCCAGGUCUUGUUCCACCCGACAGCUGAGAACGUUCUUGCGAGCUCGACUGUCGGCGAUGGGACCGUCAGGCUCUGGGACCUGGCUGACACGAACGAAGCCAAGAUUGCGCUCACGGGACAUACCGAUACGAUUCAGUCGCUGACCUGGAACCCGACUGGAACGCUCUUGGCCACCACCUGUCGCGACCGCAAGAUUCGGCUGUUUGACCCUCGUGCUGGCAGCGAGGCGGUACGGAUUGGUGACGGACAUGCAGGUAUCAAGGGUGCGCGCGUUGUGUGGUUGGGCGGACAUGAUCGUAUUGCAACGACUGGGUUCAGCAAGAUGAGUGAGCGCCAGCUUGCCCUUUGGGAUACCAGCUCGCUGGCAAAUAUCAAGACUGUCUCGAUUGAUCAGUCGUCUGGUGUGAUCAUGCCGUUCUGGAGCGACAAUAAUGUUCUGUUCCUGGCUGGCAAAGGAGACGGUAACAUCCGGUCGUACGAGUACGAGAACGACAACCUAUACGAGCUGUCGGAGUACAAGUCGAUUGAUCCUCAGCGAGGAAUGUGCUUCCUUCCUCGACGUGCACUUAGCGUGUCGGAUUGCGAGAUCAUGCGAGCGUACAAGGUGUACGGAUCGACGAUCGAGCCGAUCGGGUUUGUGGUUCCGCGCAAGUCGGAUCAAUUCCAAUCCGACAUCUUCCCGCCUGCACCAUCGAGCGAACCAGCGCUUACUGCAGCUGAAUGGUUCACGGGUAAGACUGCACCGCAAAACUUGGUCGAUUUGGACACCGGAACCGUUAGUGCGGCACCUGCUUCUGCUCCGGCUACAUUUGCACCCCAGCCGACUCCCGCUGCCGCAGCCCCACCUCCGGCGGCCGCACCGAAGCCAGUUGACCCCCCUACACCUGCUUCGAUUCCUAUCCCACCUACACCUGCGGCGGCUCAAACGCCAAUCGCGACCGAGGCAGCUUCUCCAUCAAAUGAGGCGAACAGCGCAUUGGUUGAAGAAAAUUCCCGCCUGACGAGCGAGUUACGCGAGGCUCGCGCUCAAAUCCGUAACCUCGAACUUCAGAUCGAGGCCAUGAAGGCUAAUGCACAAAAGGCGGCUAAGGCAAUUUUGGAGGCUGGUGGGAUUUGA